AUGUUCUACAUAAUGUACCUGACCGGCCUGUGCCAGCGCCGCCACUGGCCCGACCCGCUGUACGAAUGUUACCGCACCCGCCAGGGCUACACCUGCACCGUCCGCGUCAACAACCGUGAAUACACCACCGACGCCGAGUACGAGUCGGACGAGCUCGCCCGCAAUGCCGCCGCCACUCGCGCCUACAUGAUCUGCCGCAACUUUUCCGUCAACGACGGCAUGUACCCUGGCCAGAGGCAGGGCCAGGGCGGCAUCAUACAAGGCCUACCCGUCGCCAUUGGCACCGGCCGCCGAAGCACAUAUUCGUCUUCCAACGACUACGACAGCUCGAGUAGUGGCUACGCCGAAGCUGGCAGCGGUGGCAGUAGCCCGCGGAGCAGCGACUACGGCUUGGACACUGAGAGCAGACGAUCAAGCAAGUCUGCCACCGGGAGCUGCUACUGCGGGAGAGGAGAAGUCAGAGCGUAUGAAAGGUGCUCAUCGUGCCUUCGAGACGGUGGCUGGCGCUGA